GUCUCGGGCUGUCUCUCGUCUACCGCUGUGUCUCUGGCUCUGCGUCUGCUUUUCUCAGGUUUUCUCUUGGGCCUCUGUCUCUCGGUGUCUCUGAUCUCUCCUUCGUUCUCCAUCUCCCUGUCUCGCUGUCUGUCUCGUCUGCCCCGGGUUUUCUCUGCCCGGAAUCAGUGUGUCUCUGUCAGUCUCGGAUUUUCGUUGUCUCUGGCGCCCCAGGGCACUCACUCCGUUGGGCAGCGUCGGGCGGUAGCUCUCGCUCUCUCUCUGUCCAUCUCUCUGUCUCUCCCAGACUCUGUCUCUGUCUCCUUCGUCCCUGGUCGAUCCCCAGAACACUCAAGGUCCCACUCUGGCCGGGGUCGCCCGGGUCUCCCCCGCGGCAGAGCCCAUCUCGUUUUCUCAGAAUCGGGGUUUUGUUCUCACGCGAACGAAUCCGGAGCGCAGCGCACCGAACAGAGGGUGCCGGAUCGGGCGAGACGCAGACCAGGCCGGAGGAGCCCCCGGGAGGGGCAGGGGGCGCGCGGGGCACGAGCGGCGGGACAGGGCGGACGCCGCGGGCAUGGACUAUUCGUACGACGAGGACCUGGAUGAGCUGUGCCCCGUGUGUGGGGACAAGGUGUCCGGCUACCACUACGGGCUGCUCACAUGCGAAAGCUGCAAGGGCUUCUUCAAGCGCACGGUGCAGAACAACAAGCACUACACGUGCACCGAGAGCCAGAGCUGCAAGAUCGACAAGACGCAGCGCAAGCGCUGUCCCUUCUGCCGCUUCCAGAAGUGCCUGACGGUGGGGAUGCGCCUGGAAGCUGUGCGUGCUGACCGAAUGCGGGGUGGCCGGAACAAGUUUGGGCCCAUGUACAAACGAGACCGUGCCCUGAAGCAGCAGAAGAAGGCACAGAUUCGAGCCAACGGUUUCAAGCUGGAGACAGGCCCCCCAAUGGGGGUGCCGCCCCCACCCCCUCCGCCGCCGGACUACAUGCUGCCCCCUGGCCUGCAUGCGCCUGAGCCCAAGGGCCUGGCCUCUGGUCCACCUGCUGGGCCACUGGGGGACUUUGGGGCUCCAGCACUGCCCAUGGCCGUGCCCAGUGCCCACGGGCCCCUGGCCGGCUACCUCUAUCCCACCUUCCCUGGCCGUGCCAUCAAGUCCGAGUACCCAGAGCCCUAUGCCAGUCCCCCGCAGCCUGGGCCACCCUAUGGCUACCCAGAGCCCUUCUCCGGAGGGCCUGGUGUGCCCGAGCUCAUCCUGCAGCUGCUGCAGCUGGAGCCGGACGAAGACCAGGUGCGGGCGCGCAUUGUGGGCUGCCUGCAGGAGCCAGCCAAAGGCCGCCCUGACCAGCCCGCACCCUUCAGCCUCCUGUGCAGGAUGGCUGACCAGACCUUCAUCUCCAUCGUGGACUGGGCACGCAGGUGCAUGGUCUUCAAGGAGCUGGAGGUGGCCGACCAGAUGACGCUGCUGCAGAACUGCUGGAGUGAGCUGCUGGUGUUUGACCACAUCUACCGCCAGAUCCAACACGGCAAGGAGGGCAGCAUCCUGCUCGUCACCGGGCAGGAGGUGGAGUUGAGCACGGUGGCCGCCCAGGCAGGCUCCCUGCUGCAUGGCCUGGUCCUGCGGGCACAGGAGCUGGUCCUGCAGCUGCACGCGCUGCAGCUCGACCGCCAGGAGUUCGUCUGCCUCAAAUUCCUCAUCCUCUUCAGCCUCGAUGUGAAGUUCCUGAAUAACCCCAGCCUGGUGAAGGACGCUCAGGAGAAGGCCAAUGCCGCCCUGCUGGAUUACACCCUGUGCCACUACCCGCACUGUGGGGACAAGUUCCAGCAGCUUCUGCUGUGCCUGGUGGAGGUGCGGGCGCUGAGCGUGCAGGCCAAGGAGUACCUGUACCACAAGCAUCUGGGCAACGAGAUGCCCCGCAACAACCUGCUCAUCGAGAUGCUGCAAGCCAAGCAGACUUGAGCCUGGGCGGGGGCGGGGCCGGGGCCGGGCUGGGGGUCGCAGCCACCCCCAAGGGCCUCCGGAUGGUUGCGUUUAUUCUGCCAACCCGGGAGCCCCACCCUGUAAGCCCCUGCCCCUGCGCUCUCUGAAGCCCCGUGUUUGGGAAGGUGGGUGAGGGGGGACGGGGCCUGGCUGAGGUAGGGUGGCCCCACUGUCACCUGCCUGCCGCUCAGAGGGCCCCAAGAGGGCGGCUGCUAACCACCCCUCCCCCUCCCCUUGCUCCCAGCUGUCUGUCCUGGAGUCUGGAAGCACAGGUCCAGGGAGGAGUUGUGGGAUUCCCUGGUGGGCCUCCAUGUCCCUUGGGUCAGAAUUGUCCCUUUCCCCUCUCCGGGAAACAGAAGCAGAGAGACGUUGAGCAGACAUCAAGUGGGGGAGAAGAGAGGGUCUCCAGAACCACCUCCCAGAGACCAGGAGGGAAGCCCUCUGUUUUGUAAACUAGGGGUCACUGAGUUUGUGAAGUUGGUCGGGCACUGUGGGGGCCUAGAGGACACUAUGGGGUGGGUUUGGACCAAGCCCUCCUCCCUAGCCCUUCGACCCCAUCUGACUUGUGCAGGGGAGAACUCUGACAUGCUAUCUGAAAAGAAUUUCACUACAAUCAGCUCUCUAGCCCUCUCCCACUGGAGAAGUUUCUAUCCCUCUCCCACCAGGGAGCUAGAACAUUCUAGCCCCACCCACAGUUGGCCAGCCCAGGCUGGUAUGUAUCUGCAAUGGCUGUAUUCAAGAGGUUUGUGGGUUGGGGGGUUUUAUUUGUUUUUUAAUCUAGUAAUCUAGAUACUCUUUGAAAGGUGUGUAUGUGGGGGCGUAGGGGACGGAUUUGAGGAUUGAAGCUGGGAUUUGGGGAUUAACACCAAGUACUGCCCACGGUUUCUCUCCAAACACCCGCAUGCCAAGUACCCCUGGGGGGUGCUGGACCAUUGUUUCAAUCCAGAGAAGAGUUGUUGUUUGCCCCUCCUUCGAUGAACAGCAGGUGUCCUGUCGGGGCUCAGAGUCUCUGUGUGUGGGAAUAUGGGUGAACUUGAAGAGGGUGUAUGGGUCUCCAGAUGGGGGACAUUACUAAUAAGCCCCUUCCUCACUGGCCCUGUCCCAUUGGGUCCCUUGCUGCAAACCUUCAAGCUGGGUCUCAGCUCCCUGGCCUCCUGCCCUGUGUCCUGAAGGACACUCUCCGGGGCCAGGCGCUAGGGGGAGGCCUUGGCUGUCCUCUGUCCCCGGGCUGGGCACCCACUGUCUUUCCUGCUUUCAUGUUGCCAUUGCAGCUUGUGCUGAGCCUGCCCAGUUGGUGGUGACUGGGCAUCCAUGCCCCCUUCCCUUCCACCGCCCUGUCUCCGUCCUUGCCCCUGCCACUGAAAUGUGUGCCCCUUCCAAGGCCAGAGACCCACAGCCCCAAAAUGAGAAGUGCCCUUAAGAAUCUCCCCAGCCCCUGCAGCCCUGGAAUAAAUUUUGCAAUUAGUUUCCAGUUACCUUUUCCUAUUUACAUCCUGGGGCCAAAGCAGAACCUUUGGGUUUGUGUAGUCUAGGGCCGGCCGCUGCUCGGAUUGGGAUGGAGGCGACAGUCAGAUAAGCUUUGGUUCAAAACUUGGGGCCAGAGUGGGGGCACAACAGGCACCGUUGGGGAGCCGGUGGGCCCUACGUCAUCCCUGGGCCCUUGCCAUACCCAGGAGGCCUGGGAGAUGCUUGGGUCUUCCUGGGCCUCAGCCAGAAUCCCGUCCUGACCUUGCUUCUCAAGCGCCAACUUGGGCAGAAGGGAGCAGACAUUUCAUGAGCACCUACUGUGUGCUGUCCCUCACGUCGCCAUCCCUAUGGGAGCCCAGUCAGGCAGGGGUUAUGAUCCAGGAGAGGCACUUGGCAGGUGCCCCACUCAGGGAUCUGCAGGGGCAGAUUCAAACCUGGGUCCUCCUGACUUCGGAGCACUGGCCCUUUCCUCUCGGUCCAUCUGGUGGCCUCUGGCCUGCCCCCCUCCCUGACUCUCUUGCCUCCCCCCGGGGGGGCAGCAGUGAUCACGGCCGAUUUCUGAGGCCAGCUGCCUCUCCUCCGGAUGUCCUACAGGCUUCACGGGCUUUGUCUCAUUUUGUUGUCCCAUCUACUCCUCAGAGCCACUUCGGUAGGGGGCAGCUCCAGAUUACAGGUCCGGAGGGGUGAAGCGGCCUGUCCAAGCUCACACACCAAGUAGGGGCAGAGCCAUCACGCCAACUCCAUCAUCCCAACCGACCUGACUAGUUCACCCCUGGGGCCACUCCCGGUCUGCUUCAAGCCUCUGUGCACGUUAGAAAAAAGAUGCCCCCUCUAGGGAGAAGUAUGCCUUGGCACACAGCUUGGUAGUGGCUUUUAUGCAAAGAAAAAAUGUCCCUUUCCCGCCUGGCCCCCUCAGAAGUGAAGCAGAUGGUCCGGUUUCUGCCUCUGGGGGGUGUCCCAUCUUGUAGGAAGAUGCUCCCAGCUGUUUCGUAAUCCUGUGUGAGCCAACCCAUAAGAGCCGGAGAAGAUGAGGAAGGGACUUUUUCUGCCCCUGGGGCGACAGGAAGUCUUCUUGGCAGAGGCGUCAUCCAAACUGGGUUUUGAAGGAUGUCCAGGGGUUCGCCAGCUAAGUCAAGAGGUAGGGGCAGUGUGGGCCAGUGUCUGGGGACGUAAUCGAAGUCAUUUGGGCUGGAGAGUGAAGAGAGUGGGUGGUGGGAGAAAGGGUAUAGAGCAGGAGGAGGGGAGACUGGAAAGGACUCCUUGGUGCCCACCCCUGGACCCUGCAAACGCAGGCAGUAGAGACCAAGUGCCUGCCUGAGUCAGAGCCACCUCCUGGCUUCCCCGUGUCGUGUCGCGGUGGCCCUCCUCCAGCACCCGGGCAGCAGGCAGCCAGGCCGAGUGCCUUCUUUUCUGGAACCUCAGCGGUGGUCCCCAGCCUGCCACUCCUCUCUACUCCCUGCUGUGUCUUCACUGCUGCCUCCCCCACCCCCCAAACCUGCUGGCUUCGG